AUGUCCUCGUCAAGAAUUCGGUUAAGCCACGAUGCCUACAGGGUCGGCUGGAUCAGCGCUUUGCCGCUCGAGAAGACUGCCGCGAUUGCGAUGCUCGAUGCCAGCCAUGCCUCACUUCCCCAGCCAAAAAGUGACAACAACACAUACCACCUUGGCGAGAUUGGCAACCACAACAUCGUAAUAGCAUGCCUCCCCAGCGGGCGAUACGGCCUUACGUCUGCAGCGGUUGUUUCCCAGCAGAUGCUCGCGACUUUCCCUUCAAUUGAGUUUGGGCUGAUGGUUGGGAUCGGUGGAGGGGUACCCAGCACGUUGGCGGAUAUUCGUCUGGGGGACAUUGUCGUUAGUAAACCCACUGGUUUAUUCCCUGGGGUUGUGCAGUACGACUAUGGGAAGGCCCUGGGGGAUGGCUCGUUUCAUCGAACUGGAUCGCUGAACAAUCCGCCAGACCGGCUCUUGACUGCAAUUUCGGACCUGGAAGCAAUUCAUCGUCUGGGGAAUAAUAACAUCGCAAUUCACCUUAACAACGCCGCAAACAUGCACCCGUCUAUGACCGCAUCGCUUAUUUAUCCCGGAACUGACGAAGACAUUCUGUUUAAGGCGUCGUAUGUUCAUGAAGAUGACAAGCCAUCUUGCAGUUCGUGCGACCGCAGUCAGAUCGUCACACGAUCCCCAAGAGAAUUAACAACACCAUUUAUUCACUACGGCCUAAUCGCUUCGGCAAACCAGGUCAUGAAGAAUGCCCAAACUCGCGAUAAGCUUGGCGAGGAGCUGGGAAUCCUGUGUUUCGAGAUGGAGGCUGCAGGACUCAUGAAUCACUUCCCUUGUCUAGUUAUAAGAGGGAUCUGCGACUACUCAGAUUCCCACAAGAAUAAGCAGUGGCAGACCUAUGCAGCUGCAACAGCUGCAGCUUACGCACGAGAGCUGCUU